GCCCCGCCUGCAACCACCACUUGGCAUCUUGAAUUGUAGGGGCAUGUUUCCGUAUUCUGUAUUUCUAUCUGAAGUCGCACCGUGAAAAUAUCCGUUAGAGUUCUCCUCCAUACGACUUACAGUAUUUUGUGGGUGUCUUUUCUCAUUUUCUCUCCUUCUCGAAUCCUCCUGAUGCGCCUCAACGCACCUCUGUCGACGGCGCUUAGCUCCAGCUUCACGGCUUCCCUCGCCGCUCACCUGCGCGGCACCUCCCGCGGUCUCGCUGCCCCGUGCUCCGCGCACGCCCUCUCCUCUUCCGCCUCGCUCUUCCCCGCAAUGGCUGCGCGCAAGCCUCGCCAAGCAACGCUUGCGGCGUUCUUCUCCGCGCCGAAGCGGAUGCGCGCGAACGGCACGUCCCCGCCACGGCGGGAGAAUCCGCCCGCGCCAGCUCCGCCGUCUCUUUCCGCGGACGCGAAUCUUGCGCGUGUCCCGGACAAAAACGAUUGCGCAGACCCGAGUAAUGCCGGGCCGACACAACAGGGAACACCUGCCGACAACGAGAAAAUACUCAGCAGCUCCAGAAACAACCCAGCCCGAAAAAAUCCGGCCCAGUCGCCCCCGCCGACGUCUCCCCUCGGCGCUCGCCCCCAGCCUUCCAUCCCCGCCGCGGGCACUCAGGCGGGGCAGUUUCCCCCGCUGCGCUCCCUGCUGCGCGAGCCGUCGUGGGCGGCAGCGCUUGGACGGGAGUUCGAGGAGCCGUACAUGCGGCAGCUCCAGACGUUUUUGGACGCGGAAGUUUCGCGGAACGAACGGGUGUUCCCUCCUGCGGCGUCGGUGUUCGAGGCGCUGAAUCGGUGUCCAAUGGAGAGAGCGAGGGUCGUGAUUAUAGGGCAGGACCCGUACCACGGGCCGGGGCAGGCCGUGGGGCUGAGCUUCUCCGUGCCACGUGGCGUGCCCCUGCCGUCGUCCCUGCAGAACGUGUUCAAGGAGAUGCGCAGCGACGGCAGCAUUGACGCCAUGCCCUCCCAUGGCUGCCUGCGCCAUUGGGCAGACCAGGGAAUCCUUCUCCUUAACACAGUGUUGACCGUGCGAGCCCACCAGGCCAACUCACAUGCCAAGAAGGGAUGGGAGCAAUUCACCGACGCCGCUAUUCGCGCCCUUGCCUCCCAGCGACCCAAACCCAAAUCCUCUUCCUCCUCCUCAUCUUCCUCUCCCCCUCUCAUCUUCCUCCUGUGGGGUAAUCAUGCCAAGACCAAGGCAAAGGUCAUUCCCGCAGGCUCAAAUGUUGUGUUGCUAUCUUCAGCGCACCCAUCGGGUCUCAGUGCUCACAGGGGCUUCUUUGGCUCAGCGCACUUUUCCAAGGUUAACAGCAUUCUUAGGUCACAUGGACAAUCACCUAUCCAAUGGUCGACUGAGUGAUAUUUGCAUUACAAAUGCUUUUAUAUAUUUUGACCGCUUAGCAAAAGAUGCUCGCUAAGAAAAGGAAUAGGCGAGAUGGAAGAAAAUGAUGUGCAGUGUUGUGUAUCAAUUAGAGAUCAUAUGGUCAAAAGUAGAUGCUGAGUGUGUGAGGUGAAUCAUUUUGACA